GUUGGUCUCUCUCCCUCUCUUCUUCCUCCUCAUCCACCUUCACCAACCUUGGACCACCACCUCACCGUCGCUCUCCACCUGCAUUGCGCCUGGGUAUCCUCACCGUCGAGCAUCCUUCGACGACCAUCUCCACCACCACCCUUCGCACAUCCACAACCGUCGUCAUGGCUGGUGGCCUCGUCGCUACCGCCGAUGUCAAUCGCAUCGAGGCGCCCGUCACAUGGAAGGCCUACCUGCUCUGCGCCUUCGCUUCCUUCGGUGGUAUCUUCUUCGGUUACGACUCUGGUUACAUCAACGGUGUGCUCAACUCGCCUCGCUUCAUCGCCGAGGUCAAUGGCUCCUACGUGGAUGGCGACAAGCUGUCUUCAAGCAACACCUCUCUCAUCACCUCAAUUCUCUCCGCUGGAACCUUCUUCGGUGCCAUCAUGGCCGGUGACAUCUCCGACAUGAUUGGCCGCAAGUGGACCAUCAUCGCUGGAUGCGCCAUCUACAUUGUCGGUGUCAUCCUCCAGAUGGCUUCCACCGGUCGCGACCUCCUCGUUGCUGGACGUGCCAUCGCUGGUGUCGGUGUCGGUUUCGAGUCCGCCAUUGUCAUUCUCUACAUGUCCGAAAUCUGCCCUCGCAAGGUUCGCGGUGCGCUCGUCUCUGGAUACCAAUUCUGCAUCACCAUCGGCCUGCUCCUUGCGGCCUGCGUCAACUACGGCGUCCAGAACCGUGGCGACACUGGCGAGUACCGCAUUCCCAUUGGUAUCCAGUUCGCCUGGGGUCUCAUCCUCGGAGGUGGUCUUUUCUUCCUCCCCGACUCUCCUCGCUACUUCGUCAAGCGCGGUCGCGUUGAGCAGGCCCGCCAGGCUCUCGCCCGUGUCCGUGGGCAGCCAGCUGACUCCGAGUACGUCGAGUCUGAGCUUGCCGAGAUCAUCGCCAACGAGGAGUACGAGCGCUCUGUCAUCCCCUCCGGAUCCUGGAUCAAGGGCUGGACCAACUGCUUUACCGGCUCCGUCUUCAAGUCCAACUCCAACCUCCGCAAGACCAUUCUCGGAACCUCCAUGCAGAUGAUGCAGCAGUGGACCGGUGUCAACUUCAUCUUCUACUACUCCACUCCUUUCCUCCAGUCCACCGGCGCCAUUGGCAAUCCCUUCUUGAUCUCCCUGAUCUUCACCCUUGUCAACGUCUGCUCCACUCCCAUCUCCUUCUACACCGUUGAGAAAUUCGGUCGUCGCUUCAUCCUCCUCUGGGGUGCUCUCGGCAUGUUGAUCUGCCAGUUCCUGGUCGCCAUCAUUGGUGUGACUGUCGGAUUCAACAAGACCUCCACCAACGCCGCCGGCGAGACCAUUGCCAACAACAUUCCCGCCGUCAACGCCCAGAUCGCCUUCAUCGCCAUCUUCAUCUUCUUCUUCGCCAGCACUUGGGGUCCAGGUGCCUGGGUGCUCAUCGGCGAGAUCUUCCCGCUCCCCAUCCGCUCGCGUGGUGUCGGUCUCUCCACCGCCUCCAACUGGCUCUGGAACACCAUCAUUGCUGUCAUCACUCCAUACAUGGUCGGCGAGGACGAGGGCAACCUCAAGUCUUCCGUCUUCUUCGUCUGGGGUGCUCUGUGCACGUUUGCCUUCAUCUACACAUACUUCCUUGUCCCCGAGACCAAGGGACUGUCCCUAGAGCAGGUCGACCGCAUGAUGGAGGAGACCUCGCCACGCACUUCCGCCAAGUGGGUGCCACACGAGACCUUCGCCUCGUCCCAGGGCAUCGUCGACGAGCGCAAGGGUAGCAUCGUCAUCGACUCGGAGAAGGCUGAGCGUAAUGCGUCUGCCUUUUAAGAGUUGAGCGCUGUUGUCUCGACGUUUCGUUUUUGCGCAUGGCCAAAGAAAAGAGCUGUUGAUAUGAUGUGGUGCAUGAUGGGAUGACCUAAUUGGAUACAUACCCGGGGGAUACAGACCGUCGCUUGGACACAACCACAUUGGCAUGGCUUUGCUUGAGCAUGCGCCUUCAUUUGGGACAGCAUGCAUGGCAUGGCGAUUGCCAGACAUAUCAUGGUCAUUCUCGGCUUGGAGAUUCCUGUGGUCCGAUCCACCCUUUUCGUAGAUGAGUUAUGAAGUAGAAUACACUCCAAACCAUCGUUCCAAAACA